AAUAAUUCACAAUAAAGAUGGAGUUAUCAAACGAAGUUAUAGGUCAAUUAAGUAGUGUAUUUAAAGAUGCUAAUUCACACGAUACAGUCUUAAGAGAAAGUGCCACUGAAAAGAUUGCAGCAUUCAAAAAAAAUCCAGGAGCAGCUGUUACACUUUUAAUAUUUCAAAAUAAUCCAAACCUAGAUAUAUCAACUAGAUUAUAUGCAGCUAUUACAUUUAAAAACUUAGUUAAAGAAGGUUGGGAAAAUUCUGAUGAAACCGAAAAUCCAAUUCCAGCAAACGAUAAAGAAAAAGUUAAAAGUGUAUUUGUAGAUUUUGUUUUAGCUUCAACUCAAUUCCCAUCAACCCAAGCUCAACUAUUGGAAGCACUUUCAAUUAUUUCUCUUUACGAUUUCCCAAGAGAGUGGCCAACAAUUCUUCCAAAUCUUAUUUCAAAGUUUGCAACUAGUGAUGUUAAUGUUCUCACUAUUAUCUUAAAGAUGUUACACACUAUCUUAAAGAAAUAUAGAGGUCAAGAAAAGAAAGAUUCUAUUCUUGCCGAGUUAAAAGAAAUUUUAUCAAAAUUACCAGAACCAUAUUUAGCAUUGUUAAUUAAUACUGGUAAAUUGGUUGAUGUUAGUUUACAAAAUGAGGCUCAACUUUUUUCAUUAUUAAAUUGUAUUCACUAUUUAUUCGAAAUUUAUUUCUCAAUGAGCUCUGUAGAUUUACCAGAGUUUUUCGAAGAUCACCUUGGAGAUUUUACAAAUGAAUUCCAAAGAUACCUUAAACUCGAAACCAAUUUUAGAUCAAUUAUAUCUUCAAAGAACGAAGAACCUUCAUUAUUAAAAAAAAUUCAAACUUCGAUUUGUGAAAUUAUUAAUCUUUAUACUCAAAUUUAUGAUGAAGAGUUCCAAGAAUACCUUCAACCUUUCGUUGAAUCAAUCUGGACCCUUUUAACCAAAACCUCAAAUGAAAUUUCAAAUGACCCAUUUACAUAUUCAUCUAUUAAAUUUUUAGGAACAGUUUCAACAAGUAUUUCACAUAAAUUAUUUGAUAAUCCAGCUAUUUUACAACAACUUUGUUCAAUGGUUAUUACACCAAAUAUCGAAUUAAGAGAGUCUGAUUUAGAACUUUAUGAAGAUAAUCCAGUAGAAUAUAUGCGUAGAGAUAUUGAAGGUAGUGAUAGUGAUACUAGAAGAAGAGCCGCCAUUGAAUUGGUAAAAGGUUUAAGAAAAUAUUACGAAACUCCAGUUUUUCAAUUAUUAUCAGCUGAUAUCAAAAAUUUAUUAGAUAAAUAUAAUCAAAAUAAAAAAGACAAUUGGAAUUGCAAAGAUUCAGCAAUCUUUUUAGUUACUGCUUUAGCAAUUAAAAGCGAAUCAAAUAGCCAAUUAGUUAAUAUUGUCGAUUUUUAUAAACAAAGUAUUGAACCAGAAUUAUCAAGCCAAGAUACCCAACCAAUUCUCAAGGCAGAUUGUUUAAAAUUCAUUACUAUUUUUAGAUCCCAAAUUCCAGCUGUCGAAUAUACCAGAAUUUUAAAUCAUGUUCUUCCAUGCCUUCAAAACCCAGAUUAUAUUAUCCAUACCUAUGCCUCAAGUUGUAUCGAUCGUUUAUUGGCCGAAAAAAAUCCUGAUGGUUCACCACGUUUACCAAGCCAAUUUGUUGCUGAUAAUCUCGCAAAUAUCCUUAUUCCAUUAGCAAAUGUAUUUAGUUUCCCAUGUUCAAGACAAAAUGAUCGUACCAUGAAAACCAUUGUCCGUGUAGUCAUAAUGACCCAAGGUAAAAUUAAUGAAGAGAUUACCGUUAGCUUAUUACAAAAGUUCAUCUCUAUUCUUCUCGAAGAAUCAAAGAACCCAGGUAACCAUAACUUUGUUCACUAUUGUUUUGAAAUUGUUGGUACUCUUUUAAAGAAUAUUGCCUCUAAACCACAAGCUCCAAACACCGUUUUACCACUUAUUCAAACUGUACUCCAAAAUCAAGUUGUCGAUUUCACACCAUAUUGUUUCCAAUUAUUUUCCAUUCUCGUUGAAAACUCUUCACAAGAAUACCUCAACAACUAUAUUCAACAACUCCCAAUGUUCCUUACUCCAGCCGUUUGGAGAAAUCAAGCUGAUUACCCACCAUUAGUCCGUCUUCUUCAAGCCUUUAUUAAAAAAGAUGCUGUUGGUAUCGUCAAUAGAAAUCAAUUAGAACCAAUUUUAGGUAUUUUCAGAAAACUUGUUUUAAGCCCAUCACAAGAUCACGAAGCUUUCUUUAUUUUAGAAUCACUCGUUGAAAAUCUCGAUUACAGCCAUUUAGAAAAAUAUUUAGUUAAUAUUUUUGAUGUUAUUCUUACCAGAAUUUCAAACAAAAAAACUCAAAAGGUUGUUCGUUGUUUCACUAUUUUCUUUUCAAUCUUUAUUAUCAAAUUUGGUGUCGUUCAAUCUGCUCAAAUAACCAAAAGUAUUAAACCAGAUUUAUGGGAAAGUAUUUUAGAAAGAUUAUGGCUCCCAACAGUAAACGAUAUUAAUGGUUCCAUCGAAAAGAAAAUUAUUUCAAUUUGUUUAACCAACAUGAUUUGUUGCGGUGACAUUUUAACAAACACAAAUCUUUGGAUUAAACUCUUACAAUGCCAAUAUAACAUUCUCACUGGUAAAAAAUCCACCGAAGCUGAUGGUGCUGUUGAAGAGCUUUACAUUGAUAAACAACAAGAAGAAGGUUACCAACCAACUUUUACCCAACUUGCAUUUUCCAAAAAAGUUGAUGUUGAUCCAUUCCCAGCCAUCAACGAUCCAAGUGUUUAUUUCAACCAAAUGUUUUCAGAAUUUAGACAACGUGCUGAUAAUUCAUUAAUUACAAAAUUGGUUGCCGAUUCUGGUGUUCAACUUUAAAAAAGUAGCAGUGCUAAAAUAAACAAAAAAAAAAAAAAAAAAAACGGAAAUAAAUGUUUUUUUACACAAAAGUGAUUUUAAAAUGAUCAUUUAGUUUAGUAAAAUAAAAUAAAAUAAAGCAAAUAUUAAAUAAAUUUUAUAAAU